AAGGGUCACCAGAAUCUAGUCAACUCCCCUAAAUAUUGCACCACACAACAUCAGUCCUGCUCCUCUGCAAAGUACCAGCCCUGUUUUCACCCCGCCCAGGGACAGACUUACAUAGAAUUGCUACAAUAAAGCAAAGCUGGAAAACCAGUAUGGCGGGGGGUUAGACGCAGUGUAGUACAGAAGCAACACGCAGAGGAACAAUUCAAUUAAUGCUAGUUUUUAUUUUAAUUUUUUAAUUCAUUUUUACUGGGAUAAGCUAUAUAGGAAGGGCCAUCAUUUUUAGCAUAAAGUCUACUGGAUCCUAAUGAACCAUUUACUAACCUCAUUCUGGAUGUAUAAUUUUGUGUCCCAGGGACUGCAAACGUUGGAUUUUUUGCCUUUUCGGAAGAAAUGGAGCAUCCAGCUCUUGGCACUUUAUGGCUACCUAGGACAAAGAUCCCAAGACCCCAGGUCCUGCCAGCACACCAGAUACCCCUCAAUAACAGGAACGUGAAAUAAGUUCUCAAAAGCCCAGACUGGAUCAUGAUCACCAUAACGGCUAGUUGACAUCCCUGAGAGCCCCCAGUCUUACGCCUGCAAAAUGAGUCAGUUGUCAGCGAUUCCUGCCUCCAUGAGUGACUUCUGGCUGGAGGUGGAACACAUCAAACAGACACGGGGGUCAGAUGUGGAAGAAUGCAACUCCUCCGAUUCUGGAAUCACAGAAGAUGGUGAGGCAGAGGCAGCCUGGCUGCAGGACACUGGUCUCUCCACUCUCAUUUGUGACCAGUCCCCCCUGGAGAAUAACAUCAUAAUGUCCACCUUGACCCAAACUCAGGCUGCGGCAGUCCGGCGUCGACUGGAUACGUACAGCUACUCCCUCAGGAAACGUUGGAAACACCAGGCCCGGGAUGUCAGAGAUGUGUUCACUGGAAAGGGCAUGGCGGAUGGCUUCUUCAAGAAGAAUGGGAAAAUGCAGACAUUUGAUCCAACACAAGCUCUUGGAAAGGUCUCAACAGUGCCAUAUAUGGGGUCAGAGAGCCAGCACCGCCUUUCCGGGGGUGCCAAUAUUUUAGAUACCAAUGUGGCAUAUUCAGAGCAGGCGGCUACAAAGCAAAAAGAGGAGCAAGCAAGUGUACAGGAUGCAGGAACCUUUCCAAAAUUCCAGCUCAAUAAAGGGAGACUAGGAACAACCCAUGUGUCUGACCUCACCCCCUCUGAUAUGAAGCAGGUACCUGCUUUGGCCCUCAUUGAGUUGACAGCUCUGUGUGACAUCUUGGACUUAGAACUGAAGAGGAACAAGGUCCAAAAGCGCAAGUCUGGUGAGAGCCACCUGUUUGGAGUAGCACUUCCUAGUCUACUGAUUCAGGACCAGAAGCUGGUGCCCGACACAACAGUUCCACUCAUCCUACAAGCGAUCUUUACAUGCAUAGAGAAGAAUGGUAUGGACAUCCAGGGAAUUCUGAGAAUCUCUGGCUCACAAGCUCGGAUCAAGAAUCUACAGCAGCGGCUGGAGAAAGAUUUCUAUGAUGGCCUCUUCUCAUGGGAUGAUGUCCAUCCGCACGAUGCCUCUGGACUCCUCAAACUGUUCUUGCGAGAGCUGCCAGCCCCUUUACUCACCACCCAGAACCUCCCAGCAUUCAUAGCAGUGCAGAACAUUCCAGACCUGAAUCAGAGACUCCAAGCACUAAACCUACUCAUCCUCAUCCUCCCAGAGCCAAACCGUUCUACUUUAAAGGCACUACUGGAAUUCCUGCAGAAAGUGGCUGCAAGAGAGAAAACAAAUCUCAUGUCUCUCUGGAAUGUUUCCACCAUUUUGGCACCUAACUUAUUUCUCUAUCAUGGUGGAAAGAAUCUUGAAAAAGGGGAGAAGCAGCUAGCGGAGGGGACGGCUGCUUUAAUGAUGGCUAUGGUGCAUUACCAGGACCUUCUGUGGACAGUUCCCACUUUUCUAGUGUCCCAAGUACGCAAACUGAAUGAAAGCAGUGCUAAGAGGUCCUUCCGUGAUCGCAGACUGAGGAAUUUCCUGCGUAAAAUCCACACCGAUAAGGAGAGAUCGGAGAAUAGCCAGACUGAGCUUUGUAGACAGGUGAAGGUCCAACCGACCCUUUGGCUGAAAGAGACCUUGGCUGUUCAGGUUGAUGGAGAGACUCGAGCAUCAGAUGUCUUUCAACAGCUAAAAAAGCAGGGACAGAGGGGCUGGGAUGUGGCUAGCACUGUGGGCUUCCUUAGAAGCUCCUCUGAGUACCCAAACCUGGCACUGUUUGAAGUAGGAGGGAAUCUCUGUGAACACCGUCUGGAUCCUGACACCUACUUAAUGGACCUGUACAACAUAAACCCAAAUGCAGAAUGGGUGAUCAAGCCUAGUAGUUCAUCCUUGCCUUCAAACAGGGCAGUAUGAUUGGUUGACACAACACUGGACUUGCCAGUAAUCCCAGGCUGGAUGUAAUAGAAUUGAUCAAUUUUGUAUUGACUGUUGCUGGAUUCUAGUCCACAUUUUAGCCAUGAGGCUGGGGGGGGGGGAAAUAAAAAUGCACUCAUAGGCCUCAGAUGUCAAGCAUCAUUUUAACAUGGACUGCUUCUCAAAGCAUUUUGCUCUGGUAUCCUCACUGUUGGCUUUUUUCUUGGGUCGAUUGUUGCACUUUGUGUUGGACCUCACUAAGGAUCCCUGGGUCAAGGGAACACGUCCAUGCACCCGCUUUAGUUGUAAGAACCGCUGUGAUAUUAUUAUAUGUGGUUUCUGUGCUGGAAUAAAAGGAAGAUAUUCCUUGUCAUUGCCAAGAGAGGGCAUUAGAGUACCCAACAACCAGGCUUGAAAACCCUGGCUAAUAUACUGUACCUCUGCUGCUCUGCAGGUAUGAAAUGCUUCUUUUCUGAAAGAAAAGUGUUUUGUGAUUUAUUUAAAACAUUCAUAAUAAAACCCUAAAAAGAUACAUCAGGCAUUUUUUUUACUCUUUUACUGUGAGCAG